GCGGAGUGCGGCUCUGCUGUGUCUCUUUAAGUACAGCAGGCAGUGCUGUUGGUCCGUGUGGGAGCGCAGGGCGCACGGUGCGGCGCUGCCUCUCCGCAGCGUCAGACAGGCUUCCUCAACGCCGGACAGGCGACAGAACAGACAGGUCGACCCACCGCCUGCAUCACAUCGCUUUGACCUGAGCAGACGACAGGAGCGAGUCCAACUAAAGAGGGGGGUGGGUGGGGGGAGCUGCCAGAUAUAAACUGGUGAGCCCACUGGGCCAUUAACAUUACUCCCUCCUUCUCCGACUGUGAGCUAGAAGCGAGUAUAGGUUCAUCUGCGGUACAGUAGCCUACAGUAUUAUUGAACGGCAGUGACUGUACGAGCUAAUGGGAUUGAUGAACUGGCGUUAGUUGUGUGCGGACGCAAUGAGGAGAGCUUUUUCGGGGGGGCACGCUGCUGGUCAUGUUUGGCUGAACGAUCGUGGAGGUGAAACAUCAUGCCUGCGCCUGAGAGAUGACCAUCCUGAGCUGAGUUGCGUCCUGCGAACUGCAACAUCAAACCAUCUGCUUCAGCCUCAUGUCGUCUAGUGUGUGAGAUGGUGAGUCACGCCCUCUCUCUCUCAGAUCGUCUCAGUGAAUAGCCGGCCACACAAAGGUGAAAGGAUCGCAGCUGAGCUGGUAAAUAAAACCCUCUUCCUUCUGCACAGUGUGGGAGAAAGUGCCACAGCGGUGCUGGUGUGGCAUCUCUGUAGGCUGAUAACUGGAGUGAAAGCACUGUUGAGUGAUCAUCUUUCACUCUGAGUCACUCACCUUUCAUGCCGCGGCCCUGCAGCCGGCUCUCAGAGCUGGACCGUCAGCGGGAACGGAGGACUCUCACGUGGAUACGAUCGGCAGAGCUGCAUUGUGCACAAGUGUAACGCAUCUGUCAUGAGACUGAAGAGGCAUACAUGAGAGAGAAGUCAUGUUAUUGUUGUUGGAUGACCUUCAUACAAGAUUGAGACGCUUCAAUUGACUUUUUCUUCACUUUAGUUAGUGCCCAGUGGGGCUGUUUAGUGGGAGUAGGGAGAGCUGGUGUUGAUUCUUCUGCUUUAUGAGUUUUCAUCACCGGGAGAGUGUGUCUAAGUGGCAGGGGGAGCCAGCAUGGCCAAGGCUCUGCUGAAGAUACAGCGCUAUUUCCGCAGGAAACCUGUCAGAUUCUUUUCCCUCAUCCUCCUCUACCUGACCGCUGGGAGCCUCGUCUUCCUGCACUCUGGCUUUGUCGGGGACAGCGGCCCCGGAGGCCGAGGGGGCCGGGACUCGUUGGCAGUUGCAGAGAUGGGCAGCCGGACCUCAUCGUCAGGCACUCGGGGGCUUGGCAUCAUGAGUAGAGUGUUUAAGGAGACACGCAGGUCUGGCCGGAGGUAUGGCCCUCCGUGGAUGAAAAAGACUGGACAGCAGGGCCAGGAGACGGAGGGCAGGGGGGGAGACUACACCAGCAACUGGAACCGUGCACUUAAAGGACGCAAUGCCAAAGACAUGGAUGAUGGAAGAGCAAAGUACAUUGGCUGCUACAUUGAUGACACACAGAAAAGAGCGUUGAGAGGAGUUUCCUUUUUUGACUACAAAAAAAUGACGGUAUUCCGUUGCCAGGACAACUGUGCAGAAAGAGGUUACAUGUACGCAGGCCUGGAGUUUGGAGCUGAGUGCUACUGUGGCCACAAGAUCCAGGCGCCCAAUGCUUCAGAGAGCGAAUGUAACAUGGAUUGUAAAGGAGAGAAGAGCAACCUCUGCGGAGGAGCCAACAGACUGUCCAUCUAUAGGCUGGAACUGAGCCAGGAGUCAGCGCGGCGCUAUGGCAGCGCCAUUUUCAAGGGGUGUUUUCACAGGCCAGACAAUGUCACAUUGGCACUUCCUUUCAGCUCAGUCAUCCAAAACAUGUCUGUGGACAAGUGUGUAGACAUGUGCACUGAGAAGGAGAAAUCGCUGGCCGUGCUGGCUGGAGACCGAUGUUACUGCGGCUUCCCGACACCUCUUUUCUCCCUUCAUGAGCUGGAGGACGAGGACAUGUGUCUCCAUCGCUGCCACACGGAAGAGUUUGAGAGCUGCGGGAACGACGACUACUUCGUGGUGUACCAAACGCAGGUUCAAGAUAACCGCUGCAUGGACCGACACUUCCUGCCCACCCGUGCUAAGCAGCUGGUGGCCCUCGCCAGUUUCCCUGGAGCCGGCAACACCUGGGCUCGCCACCUCAUAGAGCUCGCCACCGGCUUCUACACCGGCAGCUACUACUUUGAUGGCUCCCUUUACAAUAAAGGAUUUAAAGGGGAGCGUGACCAUUGGCGGAGUGGGAGAACGAUCUGCAUUAAGACACAUGAGAGCGGCAGGAAGGAGAUCGAAGCCUUUGACUCCAGCAUCAUCAUGAUUCGAAACCCCUACAAAGCCCUAAUGGCAGAAUUUAACAGGAAAUAUGGCGGUCACAUUGGGUUUGCCUCCCAGGCCCACUGGAGAGGGAAAGAGUGGCCCGAGUUUGUGAAGAACUAUGCCCCUUGGUGGGCGUCCCACACGUUGGACUGGUUGAAUUAUGGGAAGAACGUCCAUGUGGUCCACUUUGAGGAACUGAAGAGGGACCUGUUCUCCAAGCUCAAAGGGAUGGUCCAAUUUCUGGGUUUGAAGGUUUCUGAGGACCGCCUGCUCUGCGUUGAAGGCCAGAAAGAUGGAAACUUCAAGCGAUCUGGGCUGCGAAAACUUGAAUAUGACCCAUAUACGAGCGAAAUGCGAGCAAACAUCAAUGAACUGAUCAGAACAGUAGAUGCUGCCUUGAAGAAAAGAAACAUGUCUGGAGUUCCAGAGGAAUAUAUGCCAAGAUGAUACAUGUUCCCUUUUUUCCCUCACUUAUUUGGACUGUUCUUUCAUCAGGUUCUGCACCAUGUUUUGUAGGAUUACAUGACUUAAAUAGUUUUUACAGCUAUUUUUCAGAAAAGUCAUAUAGGUCGAAGCUGUAGUGAAAAGAAAUCAGUGUCUUUACCCUCCUAUUUUCAUUUUUUAUUCAUCUUAAUUUUCUGUGCUAAACAGCAGCUUAAUGCAUGGAUAGAAGGGACAGUUUUGAAUGGGUAGGUUUGUUUUUCUCUUCAGCUGAAUGAAAAGAAUAAAAAGCACUUCUUAUCCUGCUCUAUGCACAUGCACUCUGUAGGCAUGUGCACAUGCCUUAACAAGAAGGUCAAUAGCUGUGACUACAGAGAUCUGACUGUGCUGGGUGAUUUGUUGCCAGCGAAAAAACAUUUGACAUUUGAAAAGAUAUAAUACAAUACACAGAAAUAUACAGUGCUGCACAGUGUGUUGUAUGAGCUUAUAUUGCGCAAAAGAGAAAUAACUAUUAUGAGAAGACAAAACAUUGAAUUUUCCGCUGCUAUCACAGUUACAGAAUAAUACUAUUUUAUACAUGAACUUCACUGAAAACCUAAAAACUUUUAACCCUUUGUUAGAGGGGAAAAUGCAAUAUGCAGGCUUUAACUACCUGAUGAUGAUACUGUGUGUUUCCAAGUUUUUGUAAGUUAUUCAACUUACUGUAUGUACGAGAAAUGAUGUUUUUAAUGAUGAAGAGGUAAAGAACUCAAUUCUCAGCUCCUCAUAUUCAAGAAGACAAAUAAUCCCUCUUGAAGGCACUGACUCAAGGAGAGAAGAGGAUUUAUCUCGACAGCAUUUAUUUAUCUCUGGUGUGCAGUGCACAUGUUGACUAAUUUGGUUGUGACUAUGUUUUCUUAACACUGGACUACAUGCAGAAAUCCAAAAAGCACUAUGCUGUGCACAACACUUGCCCCAAAGAUCACUGAGGAAUUAGGCAUUACGCUCAUGUUAUAGACUGGAGGUUACCUUUAGAAGUAGUGAUCGUUAUAGAUUUAUUUUUAGUUAAUCAUACUGAAUGUGAAAACUGUUUUUUUUUUUUUAUUAUUGCUUUGUUGUAAAGACACCUAUGAACAGUUAAAGCUGGUGAUAAUUUUACUCUUCAUAAUAAAAAAAAACCCUCUCAAAGGUGUGAAAAAUGCUCAGAUUUUAUAAGCAGCACGUCUUAUAACAGUACUCGAUGUGCUAUGCCAUAUGCAUAAAAAUAAACAAAUAAAUGAAUAUAUACAUAUAUAAAAACACUGGUGACAGAGAGACAGAAAACAUUAACUGACUUCCAUUUUCGAUUUAAUAUAAAUAUAUUUUUAUAGUGUGUGCUGACACAUCAAAAAUAUUUGUAUUGCAACAAGCAAAUGGGAGAAGUUGUUUCUAUUUUUAACACAUGCUUUAAACUUUAUUGGCUCUCGCUUUCAUUGACAAGCAGGCACUUUCUGAACGUAGGUGUUAUAUUUGAAUGUAUUUUCUAUGGAAUGAAUGUAAUGUGAUAAGGCCCAAUAAAUGAGUACAUUCAAUAAGUUGCUAUGGCCUACUCUUUUUCCAAAAUGAAAUGACUAGUUAAAAGGUGAUGUGUUUUGAAGAUCAAAGAAAAUCUGGAUUUCCCCAGGCUCCUCUGCUAAACACAUUAAGCCAUAGAAUGAAUAAAAGCACUAUUUAGUAUUCAGAUUCUCUAAUUAACAUACUGUAUAAUACAUCUGAACAUAUGUAAAUACACUAAAUGAAUUGAUUGUUUUAUGGUCCAGUGUGCAUGGCUCAGAUUUCCUGCAAAACAUUGGGAAGGUUGUUCAGCAGCCAAGAAAUAAACACAACCAGAAGUCUACAGUGAUGCUAGCAGCUCUAUGAUGGUCAGCGCUUAAUGCUAACCUCUGCAUGCUAAUAUUUUCACAGUGACAAUGCUAACAUUAUGAUGUUUAGCAGGUAUAAUGUUUACCAUGUUCACCAUCUUAGUUUAGCAUGUUAGCAUGCUGGCAUUUGCUAAUUAGCACUAGACACACAAAGUACGAGGCCAGCAGAGGGGCUGUGAACCAAAGUAUUGGACAAAUUAAUAUUUAAACCUGAUCAAGGCACUUGAUGAAGUGCUAAAAGUUACAAGUGUGUUUCUGACCACCUGGUGAAUGUAAGUUCAGUGUUCACUCUCCAUUUAGCUCUGUUUUGGUCUCAACCAACAUGUGGCUCUUUAGCUGCAAAUGCUAAUCUCUCUACUUUCUUCACCAGCUCGUCUCUUUAACUGUGUGUCAGCCGUUUGGUGAUGCAGCUGCCCACUGCAGCUCAAAAUGAGGUUAAGAGUAAGAACAAUAACAACAAAGUUUUGUAGCCCACUGUAAAGCUGAAAUCAUUCUGAAGCGCUCUGUAGAGCUGAGGGGAACCACUGAGUCGAGUGAUACUUCUUGAGUAAUUCUUGAGUCAUUUUGAGAGUUGUUAAUUUUGAGGAAGCUCUUUCAGAUUAACACAUGGUCCAGUUGUUACAUUAAAAACACUGAUUAAUGCAGCUUAAAUGUAAACUACGUCCAAAGUUUCAAUGUGACUCACUGUUUGUGUUUUAUGUAACAUUUGGAGUCCCUCUGCCCUCCACUGUUUCAACAUCACAAAAAAAAAGAGGAAAAAAAAAAAUCACCUGACGCUUAUUUUUUUAUGAUUCCGCUUACGUUGUUGCUGGGCAGGAAGUAAGUGACUUUAGAGAGAUUCUUUUCAAGGGGAACUGUCCAGUUCAGAUACACAUUCAUUGUAUCUCUACACCUUCAGGGGAAGAAUAAUUUUGACGAUUUUGAUUUUGGAGAUGUGACACUAUUGUAUAUUAUAUACAGUAUAUCAUAUUUCUGUUUCAGCUUUUAUUGUUUCAGAAUGGUUUGUCAAAAUUUAGCCUGAAAACAUGUUGUGUAAAGAGAUUACUCUUUUCUACUGGCCGCUGGUGUGCAGUAAUAGGGGUGAUAUCAUUGUACUGUAUACAAUACAUGUACGCAUAUUACUGCAAUUGAGGCAUGAAUGAAAUGAAUAAAUUGAUGCUAACCAUUUUCUGACUGCAAUUAUAAAAUAUCCUAACUCUUCUGACUUCUCUCUUUUAACUAAUGUUAAAGCUCUCAUUGCCUUUACCACCUUUUCCCAAUCAUGACUAUGGAUAAAUUACAAAUAAAUACUUUUCUCAA